AUGGCAGACGUUGACACAGAGGCAUCAUCAUCAUCCUCCACAACUGCCUCAAAGGGAGGAAACAAGAAGAAGUUUGAGGUCAAGCGUUGGAACGCUGUGGCUCUCUGGAUUUGGGAUAUUGUUGUAGAUAACUGUGCUAUUUGUAGAAAUCAUAUUAUGGAUCUUUGUAUCGAAUGUCAAGCCAAUCAGGCUUCAAACACCAGUGAAGAAUGUACUGUUGCUUGGGGUAUUUGUAAUCAUGCUUUCCACUUCCAUUGCAUUUCAAAGUGGUUGAAGACAAGACAAGUCUGUCCUCUGGACAACAGAGAUUGGGAGUUCCAGAAAUACGGAAGAUAA